AUGGAGCCUAACGAGAAUGAUAAACUGGAAGGGGCGUCCUCUAAUAUUGCUAUUCCGUUUCUACCACGGAGAAGACAAUCUACUUCUAUAAUGUCUGAAUCUGUUCUCAGCCGUAAGUCGAGUGCCGUUAUGGGAGCAUCAUAUAGGUCGGGACCGGUUAUGAAAAGAUUCACAGCACCAGGGCAGUCACCACCAGUAGGCGCUAGGAGUGUUGAAUCUAGGGUGCUUGUUGAUAUUGGAUCACCAAACUUUAAAACUAUUGAACAAAAGCAGCAAGAUGAGAUCGUGAAUUCGCUCAGAAAUUACUAUUUGAAUGACUAUAUGAGUUCUAAGAGAAAAUCCUCGACUACUUCCAUGAAUAGUGUUCCAACAUCUACCUUAGAUAACGAGGAUGCUAUUGAGGAUUCAGGAAACUCUCAAGAUGAUUUUAUACUUCAUAAAGACCCUCAUUUGAACACCGUUGGCGGUGAUAUUACUAGAGAACUAUAUCGCAUUGGAUCCAAGAAUGGGCAAAAGCGGAAAACCAAGAAUAGAUCAUAUGACGACUUAACCUUGGUACUUGAGCCUCGCCGUGGAUCUACAGCAAGUGCUCUCAACGUGCCUGGUGGAUUUCGAAGAGAGUUCAUUGUCAGUAAGAUCAGAAAAGAUGUGGGUAUAUUAAGUGAGGGUCGGACCGCAGUAGAAAGCUCUUACACUUACAAUAAUAUAGACAAAGUGCCAUUUCUAACAAGAAACUUCUUGGAAUUUCUAUAUGUUGAUGGGCAUUUCGCGGGUGAGUCUUUUGACGAGGAAUUUGACCUGGUGCAAACAUAUUCCAAAGUGAUUGACGAAACCACGCCCCUUUUAUCUGGAGAUACUGAAAGACUACAUCCAAUCACAGUUAGAGUUAAGACAUCCACAUUCAAGGCUUUCCUUUUGUUAAUUAAAUCGUUCGUCGGUACUGGAGUUCUAUUCUUACCCAAUGCUUUUUCCAAUGGUGGGCUAGCAUUUUCAAUUAUAAUGCUAUUCAUAUUUAGCGGAUAUUCUUAUUGGUGUUAUUAUAUUUUGGUGCGUACGAAAGUGUCUACAGGGGUUUCAUCGUUUGGUGAUAUUGGAGCGAUGCUUUAUGGCCCUUGGAUGAAAUAUAUCAUUCUAUUCUCAUUAGUAUUCGCCCAACUUGGGUUUUCAAGUGCAUAUGUUGUGUUUACUUCUAAGAAUCUCAUUGCGUUCAUACAGAACGUGUUCCAUUAUCCAGAUAUUCCAAUGGCUUAUAUGUUACUUCUGCAAUUGAUAAUUUUCAUUCCGUUAUCCUUUGUGAGGAACGUCUCCAAAUUAUCACUAUCAUCAUUGCUGGCGAACUUUCUAAUAAUAUGUGGACUUUUCAUUGUCGUGUUAUAUUCCGCAAAGCACUUGAUAGUUGACCUAUCUUUCAAGCCUGAAGAAGGUGUUAUAUUUUUAUUCAACUCCAAAAAGUGGACUUUGUUCGUAGGAACAGCAAUAUUUGCCUAUGAAGGAAUAGGAUUGAUCAUUCCUGUCCAAGAUUCUAUGGCUCAUCCAGAAAAAUUUCCAAUGGUUCUAGGUUGGGUUAUCAUUACCACCACUGCUCUGUUCGUUCUUGUUGGCUCAUUGGGGUACUUAGCCUACGGUAAAUAUAUUCAAAGUGUUAUUUUGUUAAAUUUGCCACAAAAAAGCUUGAGCGUCAAUCUCAUACAGUUCUUCUAUUCCAUGGCUAUUCUCCUAUCUACACCUUUGCAGCUUUUCCCAGCUAUCGCAAUCAUCGAGAAUAAAAUAUUUCCCAAAUUUACCAAAAUAAACGUUAAACCUCAGGGUCUGCCCUCUUACAGUUUGAUUCCUUAUUCGGGUCGAUUAAAUUGGAAAAUAAAAUGGACUAAAAACCUUGUUAGGUCAAUAAUUGUAAUAUUCAUAAUCACCCUGGCUUACGUGGGGGCCGAUGAUUUGGAUCUUUUCGUGUCUGUUAUUGGAUGCUUUGCCUGCAUACCAUUAGUGUACAUGUAUCCACCGUUGUUGCACUUAAGAAGCUGUAGCAAACCACAACACAUUGCAAAUCCUACAUACCGAACUCUAUUUGCUGUCAUUUUGGACUAUUUUUUGAUUUUCUUUGGUGGUGUCAGUGCGUGCUAUACAACAUACCAGUGCCUCGCCGGUUAA